AUGGGGGCGCCGCUGCCCAACGGCAGCCUCGGCCUCACCGACAGCCCGCAGCCGGGCGGGGGGGCGGCGGCGGCGGCUGGGCCGGGAGACCGCGGCUGCGAGAACGGGGCCCUCAUGGACAGCUUCGGCAUCUUUCUGCAGGGGCUCCUGGGCGUCGUGGCCUUCAGCACCCUCAUGCUAAAACGCUUCAGAGAACCAAAGCAUGAAAGACGUCCCUGGAGGAUAUGGUUUUUAGAUACUUCCAAGCAAGCCAUAGGGAUGUUGUUCAUCCACUUCGCAAAUGUCUAUUUAUCAGACCUUACAGAAGAAGACCCUUGUUCACUGUACCUUAUCAACUUCUUGUUAGAUGCCACAUUAGGAAUGCUGUUAAUCUACAUUGGUAUACGUGCAGUCAGCAGCAUUGUGGAAUGGCAGCAGUGGGAGUCCCUUCGCUUUGGUGAAUAUGGUGACCCACUGCAGUGCAGUGCUUGGAUGGGCCAAUGUGCUCUGUACAUAAUGAUUAUGAUAUUUGAGAAAACCAUCAUCAUUAUAGUGCUUCUUAUACCUCAGUGGAAAGAGGUAGCUUUAUUGAAUCCUAUAGAGAACCCCCAGUUGGAGCUGGCUAUCGUCAUGCUGAUAGUUCCCUUCUUUGUUAAUGCAUUAAUGUUCUGGGUAGUAGAUAAUUUUCUUAUGAAGAAAGGGAAGACAAAAGCUAAACUUGAAGAAAAGGAAGCAGGACAAGAUUCAAGAAAUGGAAGUAAAGUCCGAUACAGGAGAGCAGCAUCACAUGAAGAGUCCGAGUCAGAAAUCCUUAUUUCAGCAGAUGAUGAGAUGGAGGAAUCAGACGCUGAAGAGGACCUGCGUAGACUGACCAACUUAAAGCCCAUUAAGAAAAAGAAGCAUCGUUUUGGUCUGCCUGUAUGACACAUUCCCUGACCUGUGUAUUUGCAGGUUUCGUGGCAAAAACUUCAGUCAGUGGGUUUUAAUGUUGCAAUUGCAUCUCCCUUUUCAUACAAACUGACUUAAAAGCAAGGUCUACCAACAGAAUGCAAACGAUUGGAAGACUUCCAGUUCAGUUGCACUACAGACACACUGACCAAUUAUGCAAGAAUGUCUUUUCAUCACGUGUGAAAAACACAGCGUUGUUAAGGACUAGUCGCUAAGGGGAUUUGUAUCUGGCAUUUCAGAGAAGAUCAUAGAAAACAGAUACAGCAAUCUUUCACUUAUGGUUACUGAUGAUACAGUUUAAGAUGUUCUCAAAAAGGCAUCAGAAUCAACUAAGUUAAAGGAGUGUGUUUUAUUACUAAAACUGGCUUUUGCAGCAUAAUUCCUAGAGCAGAAUAGUUUAUGGUUACAAGCUGUAACUUAACAUUAUUUUUUUAAGUACAAAUGUUUACUUGCUACCGGGUACCUAUGGAACUAAUAGGUGGAACAAAGAUUUUUUUCCAAGUCUCCUUGAAUCUAUUUGACUAUUUUAUAUUUAAGUUAUAUUUUCAUACAGUUGUAUUUAAAGAUUCUCUUUGUCAGAGAAAAGGGUGCAGUUUCCUUUUUUGUGCAGAACAGGUCAAAAGAUUUGUAGUGAAAAUCUUAUUUAUCCUUGUGUCCUGGUUUAAGACGAAGCGAUUGCAAAGGGAAAAGCUCUCUGUCACUGCUGAAGUCACCAAAUAUCACUACAAAUGCAGUCCUAAGUGUGCUUUUGACCACAUAAUUUGAAAAUACCUUUUUUAAUAGGAGGUGGUGUUUGCAUAUUUGACAAAUGUGCACUUUAGUGUAUAACAAAAAUCUGUUGUGAUAGGUUACUUAUUUGUGAAAUGAAUAUCUAUGGAUGACUCUAAUUAUUUCUGUUUCUGCAAGUCUCUUGUGCAUACCUCUCAAAUGACCCAAAAGAGAGAGAACAUUUCUUAUACUUUUCCUUAUGUAGGCCCUGCUCUACAGGACCGUGAUCUGAUUGAAGCAGUUGCGCUACAAUAUUGCAAAUAAUUCUGUCCCUUGUUUUUUGUUGGAAAAGCAAUCUUCUAUUUAAUGUGCUUUAAAAAAAAAAGAUUUCUCUUGCUUAAUUUCCAUAAAGUCUGGUUAUCCUUUAGUAUUUAAAAAAAAAAAAACAACCAAGAGGUAUAACGCAGUUGUUACUACAGAAUUUUUGUGAUUUUUUUUUCAGUGUCUGACUUCUGAUAAUUGACAACACGUGCUGAUCUGAAACCUAGCAGACAUGUUUUCAGUGACAUCCUUUUGCUUUGCAUAUUUUCUAAAUGAUUGUUUCUGACAGCUUUCCUUGCUUAGUUAAACCUUGUGCAGGACAAGACGAUGUGUCAAAGAGGUGACAACAGACCUUAAUUGCAAAUCUGUUGUAGUAUCUGGACAUCAGAAAUGUUCCAAGCCUUAAACCAAACAGUUUCAUCGGAAAACUGCUCAGAACUUUUUAAGAUUUUUUACAUUUUUUAUAGAUUUACUAGGUCUUAAUGUGAUUUAUUAUCCAGACCACUUAAAUGGGGUUCUUGGGCCUUAGUUAAUACUGAACUGUGCGCUCUCGUACUUAUUUUCACUAUUCCAGCACUCCUUUUCACUGCUUGGCUGCCGAGGUGAACACAAUGUUCUAAGACUUCAGGUACACCUCAGCGUGUCCAGCCGGCUAGAAGGGACAUUUUACCAAACCUAACAUUUGCGAGUUUAGUUGAGCCACUGACCUCUGUUACUGUGCACUGAAAUGUAAUAACUGCAAUAAGUUUAAGUACUAGUGUUUCUCUUAAACUAAAUCUAGAAACUAAUGACACCGGAAGCUUAAUUGAGUUAUUCUGAA